AUGAGAGCCGUCACGUUGGCGCGCAGCGCCGUCUGCACCGCCGGCAGGUUCUCGCGGACGCUUCAAGCCGCUCGUCCUCUUCGCCUCUUCAGCAUCAAGGCUGAAGCUGCUUCAGAUUUUACGCGAAAGCCUCUUGACCCGAGCAGACUCUCCAUCACUCGCGUCUCCAGCCCCAAGGCGCUGCGCAAGCCCGAAACCCUCGUCUUUGGACGCGAGUUCACCGACCAUAUGCUUGCCGUCGAGUGGACUCAGGAAGACGGCUGGCUCGACCCUAGAAUCACCCCAUACCAGAACCUAUCUCUAGACCCUGCCACCUGCGUCUUUCACUAUGCCUUUGAGUGUUUCGAGGGAAUGAAGGCCUACAAGGACAAGGACGGCAACGUCCGUCUGUUCCGGCCAGACAUGAACAUGGCCCGUCUCAACAAGUCCGCUGCCCGUAUUGCUCUUCCCACUUUCGAGCCCACCAGCUUCAUCGAGCUCAUCAGCAGGCUCGUCAAGCUCGACUCGCGCUUCAUCCCCAACCAACGUGGUUACUCACUCUACCUGCGACCCACCAUGAUUGGUACCCAGAAGACCCUCGGGGUUGGCCCCCCCGGCUCUGCGUUGCUCUAUGUCAUUGCCUCGCCCGUGGGGCCCUACUACCCUACCGGCUUCAAGGCCGUUUCGCUCGAGGCCACCGACUACGCUGUGCGAGCCUGGCCCGGCGGCGUUGGUGACAAGAAACUCGGCGCCAACUACGCCCCCUGCAUCGUGCCCCAGCUACAGGCCGCCAGCCGCGGCUACCAACAGAAUCUGUGGCUCUUUGGAGAAGAGGAAUACGUCACCGAGGUCGGUACCAUGAACAUGUUCGUCGUCCUCAAGGACAAGUCCGACGGCCACAAGGAACUCGUCACCGCUCCUCUCGACGGCACCAUCUUGGAGGGCGUCACCAGAGACUCUGUCCUUGCACUGGCUCGCGAGCGUCUCGUCCCCGAGGGCUGGAAGGUCACCGAGCGCAAGUACACCAUGAACGAGCUCUACGAGGCUUCUCAGGAGGGUCGUCUGGUGGAGGCUUUUGGCGCCGGUACCGCUGCCAUUGUCAGCCCCAUCCGAACCAUUGCCUGGAAGGGAAAGCACGUCGACUGCGGCUUGAAGGAGACGGAGGAGUCCGGCGAGACUGCCUUGCGUGUCAAGGAAUGGAUAGAAGCCAUUCAGUAUGGUGAGGAGGAGCAUGACUGGAGCCUCAAGAUUGCGUAA